CGUCCCGCGACAUGCAGACUAGGUCUUGCGUCGGACUACUCUUGGUAGGUUUAGUAUACUUUCCGUUACCAUACGUCCCGGUUGCGACUCUUUUAACGUCCCGGGUCGUUCGCACGUGGCCACGUGAUAUCGAUAUCAUCGUUAUUUUCCUCCCAACUGUGUGAUGUAUCAAAUUUUAUAGUUAUUGUUAUUGCUAUUUUAAAUAAAAUAAGAAAAUAAAAUCAGUGUUUUUGAUCUCUUCAAGUUAAAUUUUCAUUUUGGCGAAUCGAUUAAAUAAAAAAGCUGGAAAAAUAUUUGAUGAAAAUACAAAUUGUUGAAUAAAUUUAGAUAACUAAGAUGGAACACUCGCCGUACUCGCAGAGUCCGAGUCCAUCGCCGUCCCUGGUCAACUUCCCGUCGCCUGCUAACUUGCCUGACAUCAGAUUGCAUAGACCGUUCAGCCAGAUGCAUGACCUCAAGCACCUUCAUUUGCCAUUUCAAAACACUAAUUUUGGGUUUAGAUUCAUGGAAAAUUAUUCGGCAUUACCAGCUCAUUUGCUACAUCAUUUGCAACCACAGUUUUUACAUCCAGCGCUAGACCCUCGUAUAUCUUUUUCACAAGCUGCUAGUGUAUUUCAGCCUUUAAGUUCACCAAAUCCCCAUCACCAGCAUUCGAGUCCUGCUCAUCAUCCGGCAAUUAAGGGUUUUGCGUCUGCUUUUGCUCCUCCGUCAAAAUGCUACAAAGUAGACGAUAACAAACAAACAACGGCAAUGUCUCAUCCUGAUGGUGGCGUAUCAACCCAACAACAGCCUCCAACGUUUCCUUAUCCUAGAAGAAGUCCUUGUUCACCAGCUAGUAUGUCUGCUUCACCAACAUCUUUACCACAACAGCAGAAUUCUUCGGCAACAAAAGAAGAAUUUUCAGAUAGAGACACGCCAAGUUCUGGGACUGUAUCCGAGGAUGGGAGAAACAUUAAAAGGAAAAAAGCUGCCGUUCCGCCGACGGUUACCGUCAAACCUCAACAGCUCCAACAACAGCAACUACAGCCUUGCUGUCCGGUUUGUGGCGUUUCGCUAAGGCCCCACGAACUUGAAUCGCACUUUGUUUACGAGCUCGAACGGCUUUACAAAGCUUCCGCCAAUCGCCGGAACAGGUUGAGAACCGGCGGUGACAAGGACUUCAAAGAUCAAGCCAGAGAAACGGAAGUUGGAACAGGAGGUGGAGGAUCAGCUUUAUCGCCAGGCCGAGACGCUUCUUUGCACGGCCGAUGGGAAACAUAUCAAAAAGUAAAAGCUAAUCGUCACAAUAGGCUGAGAAUCAAAAACCGCAAAAGAAAACCGGAUGAUGUUUGCUGUCCUGUUUGCAGCGACCCCUUGUCUGGUACUCAAGAACAAAUGAACCUUCACGUAGAAAUGUGUCUAAGACACAAGGGACAUCCUACGUCUAAUGAGGAUGAGAAUGUGGACGUUGAAGGCGAUAGCGAAAUGUAUGAUGUUUACGGUUGGACCAAUAGAAUGCGUCAACCUCACAUGAUGGUACAUGGAUUCAAUAGAGCCGGUGUACCUAUUGUUAACUGUAACCCUAGACAGUCAACCGCUGAAGAAGAGGACGCGGUAUUAGUGGUUGAUGACAACGGCGAAGACGACUUAUACAAGUACGGUCCAAACCAGUACGCUGAACAGGAUAUAAUUCCACCUCCCACUUCGGAGAGCCAACUUACACUCGAGCAGAACGACUCAAAUGGUAUGGAGACGUCAACAGAUUUUAGCGAAAAUAAUUCGGGUCCAUUGGACGUAUCCAUAAAAAAAGAACAAACGACCGAAGACGGCAACCAAUCGUCCAAGGCAAAACUGGACGUGGAUAAAUCGUAUCAGUUAAACAAUAACAACAACAGCAAUCAAGUUGUGGAAGCUCUGAAGGCGAGAAUUCGCGAAUUGGAGUUGGUAUCGAAGACCAUCGACAAAUUUACGUGUCUGUUAUGUAAAGGAAACUUCAAAGACCCCGUUGUGUCUACCUCUUGUUGGCACGUUUACUGCGAAGUGUGUUGGCUGCAAAUUUUGGGUUCAAAAAAACUAUGCCCUCAGUGCUACGUCAUAACGUUGCCAUCUAAUUUACGAAGAGUUUACCUGUGAUCAAUAUGAUUAAUUAUACACUAUACGAAUAAUAUCGUUUGACUUAUCGUCUUUCUAUUUUAAUUAUUGUACAUACUUUUAGUGUUAGUUAUUGAAAUACGACAACUGUUUCUUAACUUGUUCAGUCGUUGAUACUAUUAUAUCAGGUUUGCGUUAUUGAUUGUAAAAAUAAAGAAUUUUCGCUAACCCAUUUUAUUAUUAUGUGUAUAAAUUAUAGAUAAAUGAACUAUUACAUACUUUUAUUGUUGUUAUUUUACAGUCUUUUUGUAUAUAGUAUAACUGUUUAGUUUAAUAAUUCAUGUUAAUCGUUUACGCUAAAUAUCUUACUUAGUAUUA